UGAUUUCACCAAGAGCUUCAGAUGAUCCCACCUUCAAAAAAAACCAUGAAGCUUGGAAGUUUUUUGAAGAUCUGUAUGUGUAUGCAGUGUUUGUGUGUUCAAUAGGAAUCAUCAGUGUCCUCCUUUUUACGCUUGUCAUUCUCUGUCAAUCACUUCUAAACAAGAAGAGAUCCACAGUGAAGCAUUACCUGGUGAAAUGCCCGCAGAACAGUUCAGGGGAGACAGUUACCAGUGUGACAAGCCUGUCCCCACUACAGCCCAAGAAAGUAAAGAAAAAGAAAGAGAAAGAAAAAGUGGAGCAGCCACCAGCCAUCCCAGCAAAAGCUCCAAUAGCCAAUAACUUUCCUAAGCCCAAGCUGCUGAAACCACAGAGAAAAUUGAUCCUGCCAAAAAUCACAGAGGAGAACUUAACAUAUGCUGAACUUGAACUUAUGAAGCCGAUUCAGGAAGCCAAAGGCAUUCCCAGUACGACAGUCUAUGCACAGAUACUCUUCGAGGAGAACAAGCUGUAACAGUUCAUGCCUGUAUAAAUGUCUUUGUGUUCUAUUUAAUUCUUGCUGUGCUGUUUAUUUAUAAAAAAUCAUAAAAAU